UGGUAUAAACAUUCGGUAAUGUGUCUGGAGUAAUUUUCUAGAUUGUUCAUGUGGGACGUUUGGAAGUUUGGUGGAACACGAUAGAACAAUCUAGAUGCAUCGCAAAAAUGCUCGGUAUAAUCGUGGCUGGGCGACUUGUUCAAACUGACUUCCAACAAGUUGGGGAGAAUCAAUUCUUAAUUACUGUGCCAGAUGCUGACAAUAUAAAUCAUAUAGUAGUCUUUCUCAUUGGCACUAUACCUUUUCCAGAUGGUAUGGGAGGCGCAGUGUAUUUCAGUUGGCCGGAUGCAAAUGCGCCACCCAACUGGCAAUUUCUUGGAUAUAUUUCCAAUGCCAAACCAUCAGCCAUCUUCAAAAUAUCGAAUCUGAAGAAAAAUCACGAGUUCGAGAAUAGCAACGUGGGAAUUUUCGGGAUCGGUAAGAUUUCGCACGUCGCGCAGAUUGGCGUAUCGGUGGAACCGCUGGCGAUAAUCGAGCAGCAAGCAGCUACCGUUGCUGCCACCACUACCAACAAUUUUGCAGAAUUCGUGCAGAAAAUGCUGACGAGUUUUGUGAAUUAUGUGACUAGUUUCACAGUGACGCAAGCACAAAUGACGCCAAAUCCCACAGAGAACUUUGUACCCUUAUCCACAUUACAAAACUGGUACGAAACUUUUGAGAGACGGUUACAGCAGAAUCCGAAUUUCUGGAAGUCGUGAUUAUGAAAAUUGCGUAUAAUAGAGCUUUAGACUCUUUGUCAAUAUAUAUAUACACACAUGCAAAUACUUUACUAAUGAUAGUCAAGCAUGACUCUAGUGUUUCAAUAUUAUUGUAAAAUAUAUUGAAUUAUCAAUAUGAAUAAAAGUGAAUUUAUCACUUUUAUAUUGUUGUCAAUAAAUAACUAUGAGUUCACAUAAAAAGGCAGGUUUCUAUAUUGAUAUAUAUGUUUAAGAUUUCUUGAUAUCUUCAAUAUAUGUAUCUCGGAAGGAACGUAUUAGAAUAGUGUUGCUAUAUUUAGAUGUAUCCUACUAUUUACUUACUUUUGCCUGUUUUUCUACCAAUAUUUAAAUUUAAUCGUUCAUAAACUUGUAGGAUAUCAAAAUUCAAAAAUUUCUGUUAUAUACAUGAUAAUUAUAUUACAUUGAAAAUUUUGAUAUCCUGCAACUUAAUCAACGAUUAAGUUUAAAUCGCAUUAGUAAAACAGUAUUUAUGAUUUAUUCUUAAGAAUAAUAAGAAAAAAAUUAAUAAAAUACAUAUGAUGUAAGUUUUAUU